UGCAUCUCUGAGUUUGUGGGCCACCAACCACCGGACGAUUUUCUAGGAGACAAAACUUUCGAAGAAAACUGCCGCCCAGGCAAAACAACGCAGAGGUCGCGAGCCGGCAACCGCAGCUGUCGGGUCGUCGUUGCAGCAUUUCCCAAUGAUCCGCUUCUCCCUCCUCGCCGCCCUGCUCGUCGUCCUCGGCGUCGCCUUCCCAAUCCAUGGCGCCGACGCUCUCUCAGGGUACCAGAUAAACUGCGGCGCCGGCGCGGAGCAGGUGGCGGGGAACGUGACAUGGCUCCCCGACGCGCGGUUCAUCGCAGUCGGCAACGCCACCGACAUCCCGUCCCUCCCGGCCGCGCCGAUGCUCGCCUCGCUCCGCUACUUCCCGGACGCGUCGGCCCGGAAGCACUGCUACGUGCUCCCCGCCGUAAAAGCAACCAAGUACCUCGUGCGCACCACGUACUUCUACGGCGGGUUCGACGGCGGCGCGGCGCCGCCCGUGUUCGACCAGAUCAUCGACGGCACGCGGUGGAGCCAGGUGGACACGGCGGCCGACUAUGCGGCCGGCCGCGCCACCUACUUCGAGGCCGUCGUGGUCGCCGCCGGGAAGGCCGUCAGCGUGUGCCUGGCCAGGAACGCCGCCACCGCGCCCGGCUCCAGCCCCUUCAUCUCCGCGCUCGAGGUGGUCCCGCUCGACGACUCCGUCUACAACGCCACCGACUUCGCCUCCUACGCGCUUAGCACCAUCGCGCGCCACAGCUUCGGCCACGACGGCUCCAUCAUCAGCGAUGGCGACCAGUUCAACCGGUACUGGCAGCCGUACAGCGACGGGGUCAGCCCGGUGGUGGAGACCCAGGGGAGCAUCGCGCCGGCGGCGUUCUGGAACAGGCCACCGGAGGACGUGUUCCGGCGGGGCGUGACGGCCAGCCGCGGGAACGUCCUCGAGCUGCAGUGGCCGCCGGCGCCACUGCCCACGGCGAGCUACUACCUGGCGCUCUACUUCCAGGACAACCGGACGCCGAGCCCGCUCAGCUGGAGAGUCUUCGACGUCGCGGUCAACGGCCAGGCCUUCUUCGCCGGCCUCAACGUCUCGGCGGCGGGGUCGAUGGUGUACGGUGCCGUGUGGCCGCUGUCCGGGCAGACCAAGAUCACGCUGACGCCUGCGCCGGACUCGCCGGUCGGGCCGGUGAUCAAUGCGGCGGAGCUCAUGAUGGUUGUGCCGCUCGGAGGGAGGACUCAUCCUAGAGACGUGAUCGGCAUGGAGACGCUCGCGAGAGGCUUCGCCAACCCGCCGUCGGACUGGAGUGGCGAUCCUUGCUUGCCUGUCGGGAACUCAUGGACCGGUGUUUCCUGCACUGAAGGUCCGCUUGCUCGAGUAACCGCCCUCAACCUCACCAAUUUCAGUGUUGGAGGCUCAAUAUCUGACCACAUUGCCAAUAUGACUGCAAUCUCGAGCAUUUGGCUUGCGGGGAACAACCUGACAGGACCAAUUCCGGAUAUGAGCCCCCUACAUCACUUGUCUUCUUUGCACCUGGAGAACAACCAAUUGACAGGGCCGAUGCCCCCAUUGCUGGGAGACCUUCCCAAGCUUCAAGAACUGUUUGUGCAGAAUAACAAUUUACAGGGGACCAUUCCGAACAACCUCAGGAACAGAGCGGGCAUUGCAUUCCAGUAUACACCUGGGAAUAACCUCAGCUAACAACAAUAAUGUUACAAGGAACAGAGUAUCACAUGUUCAUGGCCAUCGACAGAAAGAGUAUGAGAAUGAGGACGCACAUGCAUGUCCGACUGCAGAUAACGAUUUCUUGAGGUUUUAGUAUUGCACACGUUUUGUUCUUUUUUCUCUAUAUUUUUUGGGGGAGACAAAAGUGUUCUGGUGUAUAUAUAACUAUAUUGCACACUAUGAACUGCACAGUUCAUGAUUCCAUUUAUUUAUCUAUAUAUGUGAAGAUGUAAAAUUGUUCUAAAGGCAGCAAGAAGAUAAUUAGUGCCUCUUUUCUCUUGGUUGUAUUCAUUAACCGAUGUAGAGGCCGAUGAUUUCCAAGAAAAAUGAAGGUCGUCUCUU